AUGCUCUCAUUAUUUGUAAGUGGACCGAAUGCGGAAAUCGCCCUCUACCGCGACGAUUCCGGACCUGCAAAGACGACCAGAGUCAAGCUGGCGAAGUACGAGUGGUGGUUUUACAGUCCUGAUCUCGUUCCUUCCAUCUAUCAGCUGUUCUGCCGUCUGCAGCGCUCGUUAGAGAGAAGUUUGGAACGGAGAAUAAGCUUAGAGAGGCAUUCGAAGUUUUUUCCAAUCUUCCGUCUAUCAGGGAAAAAGGAAUUGACAAGGUGCCCAAGGCGUCGAGUAGUGGACGAUGAUGGUGCAAACUUUUGA